AUGGCGUCGCUCUGGAUUGGUCUCGUUGUUGGCGUCCCCACGUGGUAUCUCGCGGCCACCUUAGUGGAGGUAGGCAUGGCAUGGUGGCAGGGUCUCCUAACCGUGCUAGCAGGCAAUCUCCUCGUGCUCAUCCCCAUGCUGCUCAACGGUCAUCCCGGCUGCAAGUACGGCGUGCCCUUCCCCGUCCUCGCGCGCGCAGCCUUCGGCGUCAAAGGCGCCAACCUCCCCUCGCUGCUCCGCGGACUCGUCGCCUGCGGCUGGUUCGGCAUCCAGACCUGGAUCGGAGGCUCGGCGAUCCUCCAGCUCGUCACGCACUUGCCGGCGGCGCAGGGGGGUGCUGGGGCCGCGGCGCUGGCGGCGGCGCCGAGCCUGCCAGGGUGGUUCGGCGGGGUGACGUUCGCGGAGCUGGGGUGCUUCCUAGUGUUUUGGGCGGCGCAGCUGGGAAUUGUGUGGCGUGGGAUCGAGUCGAUUCGCCACCUCGAGUCUGCCAGCGCUCCCGUUCUGUUGCUCCUGUGUGUCUGUCUGCUAGCAUGGGCCUACUCCAGGGCGGGCGGGCUGGGGCCCAUGCUCAGCGCACCCUCGCUCUUUGCACCGGGAGGGCCCAAGCACGGGCAGUUCUGGAAAACGUUUUUCCCUGCCCUGACAGCAAACGUUGGGUUCUGGGCGACACUGAGCCUCAAUAUUCCAGACUUCACACGCUACGCUCGCUCGCAGGCCUCGCAAGCCAUAGGCCAGGCGCUGGGCCUGCCUGUCACCAUGGUGGCGUUUGCAUUCGUGGGUCUCGCUGUCACCUCCGCCACGCUCGUUGUCUUUGGCCCACCUGCCAUCCCCGACCCUGUGCUGCUUCUCUCCAAGAUUCCCGGGCUGCUCCCGUCGCUGCUCGCCUGCACUGGCCUGUGCCUCGCCACACUCACCACCAACAUCGCCGCGAACGUCGUUGCGCCAGCCAAUGCGCUGGUGAAUCUGGCGCCGCGGCGGGUCUCGUUUGCUGCGGGAGCCACGGUGACGGCUCUUGCUGGGCUGCUGCUGGCGCCAUGGAGGCUGGUUCGGGCGCCGGCGGAUGGUGGUGGUGGUGGUGGAGGCGGGGCGUUUUUCGCUUGGCUUGUAGCGUACUCAGCGUUGCUAGGCCCGAUUGCGGGGGUGUUGGUUGCGGAUUAUUUUCUGCUGAGGAAGACGGAGUUGGACGUGGAUGGGCUUUAUUCUUUGGACCCGUCUGGGCCUUAUUGGUAUGCAGGCGGGUAUAAUCCGGCUGCAGUGCUUGCGCUGGUGGCAGGUGUGCUGCCUAAUCUUCCUGGGUUUCUGGCUGCUGUGGGAGUGCUUGCCUCAGAAGUGGUGCCGGCAUGGCUGCACACGGUGUAUUCAAACGCAUGGGUGAUUGGGUUUAUGGUAGCUGGAGCGACGUAUUUGUUGCUCAUGGAGGUGUUUCCUUGGUAUAAAGUUAGAACCUGA